CUGCCGGGGAAACGGAGUUCUGACGGAGUAAGGAAUUGUACCGGUGCACUAGAAACUCCCGCCAUUUCGACCAAAAAUUAACCUCUUGGUUGAUCGAUGUUACUUUUUUUUUUUUAUGAGGCUCACUAAGGCUGUUUUCUGACUAGGAGAGAAAUCGUGAAGACACCCGAUUAAAUAAACGACAAAAGGCCGGGUUUGUACAGGCUUUGGGGACUGACUGCACAGCGCGCCAGAUCUCCCGCUGAGCCGAGCUUCGUCUUUUGCCGCGAGUUUGAUUACGGUGUGGUUUUACACCCUUUCAUGUUCAUCGAAGGAUAGAAGUUAACUAACUAUAUCAAGAGAUCGCCCAACUACCCGUUUCCAUCAAAGGCAACGUGUGUGACCACUUCAGUGACAGUGCAACUGGAGGAGGAGAGAAGGAUGCGAUGAGGCGACUGGCGGCAAGAAGCGCACUGUUAUUGUUUUGCAACGACAUAGCCUUCCAUCCUGCUAGCUAGCCAGCUAGCUGCUACACGUUGGGAGCCGGGCCUGCCGGCUGUAACGUGAGCCCUUCUAAGAUACAUCGGGACACUUGGAUACAUGCGAAGGACAUAAUAUUACAAAUUAUUGUACAAACUUUGCUAGAAGGUUUGAUUUUAGCAUUGGCAACCGUGUCAUCUGUACAUUUGAAAUGGCACCGCUUUUGGGCCGGAAACCUUAUCCGCUGGCUAAGCCGCUAGCCGAUCCAGCAGGCCCGGGAGAGGAGGUCUACAUCAUCGAGCACACCAAGGAGGCCUUCAGGAACAAAGAGGAAUAUGAGGCACGUGUACAGAGAUAUAAUGAGCGCGUCUGGACAUGCAAGAGCACUGGAAGUAACCAGCUGACGCACAUAGAAGCAUGGGAGGAGGAACAAGAAGUUACAGAACUGCUUCAGGAAGAGUAUCCCCAGUGGUUUGAGAAGCCAGUCCUGGAGAUGGUCCAUCACAACACAGUGUCUUUAGACAAACUGGUUGAAAUGGCCUGGGUGGAAAUCCUUACCAAGUACGCUGUCGGUGAAGAGUGUGACUUCAUGGUGGGAAAGGACAAAAGUUUGCGAGUGAAGGUGAUGAAGAUUCACCCUCUAGAAAAUCCAGAGGGCGAGACCACGGAGAAAAAGCUUGAAGGUGCCUGCGACUCUCCAUCCAGUGACAAGGAAAAUGCAAGUCAGGAAAACCAGCGGAAGGAGCCUCCGCCCAGAGAGGAGGAGAACAGGAGGGAGAGUCUCAGUGACAGAGCUCGACGCUCUCCAAGGAAACUUCCCACUGCCACGAAAGAGGAAAAGAAGAGGUGGGCAAUGCCCAAAUUUCUUCCUCAUAAGUACGACGUGAAGCUCAUCAAUGAGGAUAAGGUGAUCAGUGAUGUUCCAGUAGACAGUCUUUUCAGAUCGGAGCGCCCUCCAACAAAGGAGAUCAUGCGUUACUUCAUCAGGCACUAUGCUCUGAGGCUAGGCAUGCAUGAAAGUGCUCCCUGGGUCGUUGAGGAUGAACUGGUCAAAAAGUUUAAUCUCCCCAGUAAAUUCAGUGACUUUCUUCUUGAUCCACACAAGUUUUUAGCAGAAAAUCCAGGGAAGCGCAAGAGCUUAGCAUCUCCAGAGGGUAAACCUAGAAAGAAGAACAAGUCCUCUGACACACCAGGAGAGGAUUCAGGAAACGAGAAGGGAGAGAAGAAAAGGAAAAAGAAAGACGCCUUAGGCAUGCCUCUUAGUCCCACCAUCUGGGGCCACAUGCAGAAAUUAAAAAUGAACGGUUCUCCACUCAAGGUUAAGAACUCAGGAAGUCCUAAGAAGGGAGAAGGCAAAGGCUCUGCGCCCUCCACUCCGAAACCAGGCAGAAAGUCUGGGGACAAGAAAGAAGGAAAGACAACUGGAAAGAGAGGUGAUAAGAAGCUUGGUGUGCUCAAAGCCUCUAGAAAGGAUGGUAAAGAUGGUGCAAAGACACCAAAGAUGAAGCAGAUGACUCUGCUGCAUCUGGCUAAGAGCACCCCUGCUGGUAGCCCCAAGAAGAGAGCCCGAAGUACCAGUUUGGGUACACCUAAACUGGGGAAACCCCUGCACCCGAUGGCUCUUCAUCUCCUCCGCUACUAUAAGGAGAAUAAGGGAAGAGAAGACAAAAAAUGCACCCUUUCCUCUCUCAUCACCAAGGCUGCAAAGACGUUACCCUCAGAUGAUCGUGGUCGUCUUCCAGAGGAGCUCCGGGAGCUGGUGCAGAAACGCUGGGAGCUUCUGGAACACAAGAAACGUUUGGCAGCCAUGACCGAAGAGGAAAGGAAAGAAGAGAUAGAGAAGCGGCGUAAGGAGAUCAAAGAGAAACAUCUAGAGAAGGCCAAGGAGAGACGCGAGAAGCAGAUGCAGGUUCGUCUCGAACAAUUGCGUAGAUACGAAGACCAGGAGAUCGACGGUGGCAAGACCAUACCCACAUUCAAGCUUGUAGACAUGCCUGAGGGUUUGCCCAACACUCUGUUUGGCGAUGUGGCCAUGGUUGUGGACUUCCUUCACUGCUAUGCAGGUCUACUGAUGCCAGAGGAUCAAUAUCCAAUUACUGCAGUGGCUCUGAUGGAAGCACUGGUUGGAGAACGGUCCGGUUUCCUCUACCUGAACCGUGUGCUGGUGGUGCUGCUCCAAACCCUGCUGCAGGAUGAGCUGGCAGAAGGCUACAGCGAGCUGGACAUGCCCUUAUCUGAGAUCCCUCUCACCAUGCACUCUGCGUCAGAGUUGGCCCGGUUGUGUCUGCGCCCGUUUGAUGCUCAUGAUGAGGAGAGUGGCCAGGGCUCAGAGGCCUCUGGGCCAAUAAGCAGUUUUGAUGAUGUGGUAACCAGUGAGUUCCUGGAGAAGCUUGAGACCGUCGAAGUGUUUGACCUGAGUGCCGAAGAGAAGGUCACACUGCUGGUGGCACUGUGCCACCGCAUCCUCAUGACCUAUUCAGUGGAAGAUCACGUUGACGCAAUGAAGCAGCGGUCGGCCGAACUGUGGAAGGAGCGUGUGGCAAUGUUGAAAGAAGUCAACGAGCGCAAGAAGGCUGAGAAGAAGAAGCGAAAGGAGAUGGAAGGUGAAAAGAAAAAAGAGGGUGGUGUUAAGAAGGAGGUCAAAAAGGAAGUCAAGGUAGAGCCAGAGCCAGAACCCGAGCCAGAGCCAGAGGACAUGAUCAGCACAGUAAAGAGCCGGCGGCUGAUGUCCAUGCAAGCCAAGAAAGAGAAGGAAGAGAUGGACCGGCAGAAUAAAGAGCGUAUGGAAAAGGAGGCCGAAGAGGAGCGGAUGCGUAAACAGAGGGUUAAUGCAGAGAGAAACUUCCAAGAUGGAAUCACCAAAAUGAAACUAGUCAUGCGCCGGACCCCACUGGGCACUGACAGAAAUCAUAACAGAUACUGGCUUUUCUCUGAUGUUGUCCCGGGUCUGUACAUUGAAAAAGGCUGGGUGCAUGAAGCCAUCGAGUACAACUUCACUCCUCCGCCCGAAGAUAAACCUGAGCCUGGGGAGGAGGAAGACGAGGAGGAAGAGGAGGAGGGGGGUGAUGUAGCCGCAACUCCUCUCUCACAAGGUGUAAUUGCCUUGGUAAAAGGAGCUGAAAAGGAUGAUGGUAGCAUAGAUGGUGCUAUUGGUGAUGGAGGCCAGCAGGGAGCAGCAGCAGACGUCUGUAUAGAAACCACUUUUCCCAAACAGGGACAGAAUCUGUGGUUCGUAUGUGACAACCCAGCUGAGUUGGACCAACUCGUGGAAAGUCUUCAUUCUCAGGGGGUCAGAGAAAGUGAACUGAAGAAAAGGGUACAGAACAGAUAUCAGGACAUCCUCCACUCCAUCCAUAUGACCCGUAAGGGCAAAUUGGCACUCAGAACCUGUGAUGGCCAGGAAGAGCUGCUCAAGUACCUGCGCAGUGACAUCCAGGAGGUUGCCUCAAGGCUCCAGAAGGGAGGGCUGGGAUACUUGGACGACGAUGUCAACAUCGAAGAUCAGUUGAAAGACACUGAGAGCUUGAAAGACUUUGGUGAGUAUAUCAUCACUAUUCAGGCCUCCGUAAUCAAGAAGUUCCUGCAGGGAUUCAUGGCUCCAAAGCAGAAAAAGAGGAAAAAGCAAGGAGGGGAAGAAAGCAGCAAGACUGAGGAGGUUGAUGAUGAGAAGAAACUGGCCGAGGAGGCAAGGGUAGCCACAGCAGUAGAGAAGUGGAAGACCUCGAUCAGAGAGGCGCAGUCGUUUUCCCGCAUGCAUGUGCUGCUGGGAAUGCUGGACGCUUGCAUAAAGUGGGACAUGUCUGCUGAGAAUGCUCGCUGCAAAGUCUGUCGCAGGAAAGGUGACGAUGAGAAGCUUAUACUCUGUGAUGAGUGUAACAAGGCCUUCCACCUGUUCUGUCUGCGGCCGGCCCUGUACCGCAUCCCUGAUGGAGAAUGGCUCUGUCCGGCCUGUCAGCCAACUGUGGCCAGACGUGGCUCUCGCUCAAGGAACUACAAACAAGAUACAGAUGAAGAAGAGGACGAGGAGGAGUCUGAAGAGGAGGACUCAGAUGAAGAUGAUGAGGACGAGGAGGAGAAUGACUACAAAGCCAUGGGUCACAGCUUGAGACCGAGGAAGAAGAAUAAGCAGUCUUCGUCUCGGCAGAAAAGUUCUAAAAGUAAAACCAAGGCCCAGUCGUCGUCCUGUAAUCAGAGCAGUAAACAGAAGACUGGCCCCAACAGCCCUGUGGACAUUGAAGAACUGGUGCGACAGAGUUCCCAAACAGGAGUACGCAGACAAGCGCUGGAGUUGGAGAGGUGUGAGGAAAUCCUCAAGAAACUGAUGAAGUUUCGUUACAGUUGGCCUUUCAGGGAGCCCGUUUCCACAGAAGAAGCAGAGGAUUAUUUGGAUAUAAUCUCUCAGCCCAUGGAUUUCCAGACAAUGCUGGGGAAGUUCGGCCAGUAUCGUCACGCCCAAGACUUCCUGGAAGACGUGAAACUGGUCUUCCACAAUGCAGAGGAGUACAACCAGCAAGGCAGCACCGUGCUCUCCUGUAUGGUCAAGACCGAGCAGACCUUCACCGAGCUGCUCCAAAAGCUGCUGCCUGGCCUCAGCUACCUCCGCCGGCGUUCGCGCAAACGCAUCAGCCAAACUCCUGCGUCAUCAUCAGAGGAGGAGGAGGACGAAGAAGAAGAAGAAGAGGAGGAGGAUGAGGAGGAGCCAAAGAAGAAGAUGCAGAACGGCAAGUCCAUCACCAAGAAACCCACACAUGGUCGAGGACAGAGGGACGAAGAUAGUGAGAGUGAGGAGGAAGAUGAGGAGGAUGAAGGCAAGAGGAGAAGUAAGCGGACCUCUGCCACCUCAGGAAAGAAAGAUUACAGGGAGCAGGACAGCGAUGGCGAGCGGGACACACGGAGAACUCGUCAUCGGGGAAGCCGGGGCAAUGCUAAAGGGGCGACUAGUGACGAUGACCGGUCCAGCCAGCAGCGACAUUCCAAGCGACUAAAACGCUCAUGAAGUCCAGGGUGCUUCUUUCUUUCUUUUUUUUUCUUAUUGCUUUAAAAAAUAAUCUGUCCCACUCCUCCUUUUAAAAAUGAAAAAGAUAAAGACACCUCCACCCAAACCUCUCCUCCUCCCACAGGCAGCAAAACUCAAUUCUCAGAAGGACUUUUUUUUGUGUCAUUGAAUUUUUAUUUUGAGAGAAGAAAAAAAAGAGACAGUAAAACUGAUUUAUAUUUGUAAUGUUUAGUAUUGGUGAUGUUUUUGCUCAGCCAAGGUGGGGAUGUCCCUAUAGCUCUUAAAACUCUGAUUCAAUUUUAAAUUCCAACCUCUGUUCCCCCCCACCUCUCAUACACCAGGACAGUGUCAUCGGAUGUCGGUCUUGAUUCAUAGUCGUACUUCACUGGAGUGUUUCAGAAUCUCAGUAAAUCCAGCUGUACGAUCUUUGUCCCAGUCAUAUCUCAGUUACAAGUCGCAGAGGUGGUGGAAGUCUCCUCUCUGCUUAGAAACGGCACGAUGGCCGAUUGUCACCAGUAAAUUGCUCUUUCUACAAAUCAUAUUGUCGCCGCCACGUUUAUCUUUUGUCAAAUGUAGAGGUAAACAUGGUUUUACUCGUUGUAAUAGUCGUUUUCUAGUCGGAUGCUGGGUUGACGAUCACAUGUGUAGUUGCAUCUCUUAAAUACAAAAAAAGAAAAAAAAAACAAACAAAAAAACUUUCAUCCCAGCUCUUGGUGCCAAGAUUUCUUUUUAUUUCUUUUUCCAAAACGAGGGACCUGACUCGUUCUCUCAUUGUUGGCGUGUAGAGUUGACCAGCCUUUCCUCCUCAGUAGUGCCCUGCCACUUUAAAAAGAACCGGUACCUCAAUGCUCCGUCAGUUUGCACUCCUCCCUGUGUACAGUGCACCUAUAAAGCCAGCAGCUGCAGGACAACACGUUAUUACAAUGAUGUGCAUAAACAUUUGUAAACAGUGUUUAAAACAACAAAUGUGAUGUUUUGUUAAGGAAAAAAAAAAAAAACGGGCAUUCUUUUGAAUAUUUGAUAUUUUUUUGCACAUUUUAUUUGGAAUUGUAAAUGAUGACUUGUUAAUAACACCUUAGUUAAAUUGUUCAGGAUUAAGCAGGACUCUCGAGAACAAACCGUCGCUCACUUGUACAUUUUUGUAACCAGCGCCUAAUGUCCUCCGUCAUUCCUUUAAUGAGGAGUUAGUGACAGUGACUCCUCGGAGGGAACUGCAGGGAUUCCUCGUCUGGUCACUAGGUGGUGCUCUUCUUGAGCUUUUAUCCAAACACUACAGUAAUACUGCUGUGUUUGCUGGACGGCUGGGACACACGACUGCCACUGUCUUGUGCUCACACUGUCCACUGAAGCAGUUGACCCGGUGUGUUUACGGCUCUGCCACUUGUUUUGUAGUAAGUGAAGAAUGGGCUGCAGCAAACACGGCAGCAGUCACCGAAACAAAACCUUUUGUCUGCAGUCAGGUUUCCAUCGCACUGACAAGGCAGUGGUCGGUUUCUCCCUCUUCUGUCUCUUCUGUGCUGUGCUGUUCUGCUCUCCUGUGUUUAGUUAGUGCUGUUAUCAUCAAAAUGUCACUGAUCUCCUGAUUUCAUUUGCCCCCCCCCUCCCCUUUUUUGUUUUUAAGUUUGGCUUUGUUCCUGACGUGCUUAGCAGUUGUUGCGUUCACUGUUAUGAUUGUUCAACAUCGCAAAGAACAAGCAAACAUUGACUGCCCCUCUCAAAAUGAGACCUGACUGUAAGUGAUUUUUCUUAAUCCUUGGAGGAACUGCAAAAGUCUUUUACACCUUUUUUAUAUAUAUAUAUUUAUAGUCUCUAAAGCUGGGGGUCGGGCAGGUUUGGAGGAUUUACAUGUAAAGAAUUUCCAAUAAAGGCUAUAGUCGAAGACCGUAGUUCUCCCUGUUUUGUUUGUGUUGCGUUGACGGAGCACUCCCGGGUCAGAGAGACAGACAUCACUGCCAUCUGUAAAUCUAUGAACAGGGAGGAUGACGGGCUAAUCAUGACCACUGACUGAUGUCUAAUUUUACUUUUUAAUAAAAAUAUCAAACGUU